AUGAAUAGAUACUUCUGCCGGGAGAUUUUGCUUCUUGAAGAGAUAACAACAGAGCUCUUGGGAUCCAAGGAAAUGGAUGAGGAGACAACCCACAAGGCCAAGCUGCUGCUAACAAUAAAGGACAAGCUCAAUGAGAAGAUGAUGGAGAUGGAGGAGUACUAUAUGAAGAGAAUAGAGUUCUACAGGGAAAAUGAUGGGACAAGGGCAAAGGAAUUGGAGAAACAGACAGAAGAAUGCAACGAGAAGUAUCUAGGGCUUCUGAUACGAGCAAAGGAGCUCGGACAUCAGAUAGAAAGACUUGAGAUAAAGGGCCUUCGAAAUAAAUCUUGUGCCGGAAAUGAGUUGUGA